AUGGCAGAUAAUUCUAAUGAAAUACGAAAAUUAAGCAAGGAAGAAGAAGGAGAAAAAGAAGAAGAGGAAGAAGGAGAAGAAGAAGAAGAAGAAGAAAAAGAAAGAUUGGGAGAAAGAUCUAGGAGCCGACACGAACAUCGAGGAGAAGAUGAUAAAUCAACAGAAGGAUCCAUUAGAUCUUUGCCAAAAGAUUUUUGCCCUCCCGAAGGUGAAGGAGCAGAAGAAGAAGAAGAAUACGGUGAGGGAGAAUGGAUUUGUGAAGAGGCCGGUGAAGGACAAUUUUUAACAAGAGGAACUUACGAAGAAGAAGAAUACAUCGAAGAAGAAGAAGAAGAGGAAGAGGAAGAAGAAAAAGAUGAAGAAGAAGAAACGAUGGGCAGUGAAAAAAUAUCAUUGGACAGCGAUUAUUUAAAAUCCGUUUUGGGUACACCUUUGACCUAUGCCCUUUUAGAGAUUGCCAGUAAAAGACCCACGGAUCCAAUACAAUAUUUAAGUCAUUAUUUAGUCAAAUGGAGAUGGUCGGAAAAAAAUAAAAAGGAAUACGAAAAACAAGUUGAACAAUUAACCAUAGAAAGAACGGCUUAUAUGGAAAAAAUGAGAGAAUUGGAAAGGCAAAAAAUGUUAGCCAAAGAACAGGAAGAAGAAGAAAUAAGAAGAAAAGAUAAACUUGAAUCCAUAAUUAGCGAUUACGGUGAAGAUUUUACCUGA